CUCGACUACUUUGGAGUGACGACGGAGCGUUUGGCGAUGGCGGACCAGAGGGAUUAUGACAGGAGAGCGACGAGAUCAAGUAGCGAGGAGCGUGGGAAUAGCCGCAGCACUGAUCGCGGUUAUGAUCGUGGUGGCGAUCGAUACUAUCGAAGGCCUCCCCCUAGAUGUUUUUCCUGCAACGAGCGUGGGCACUACGCCAACCAGUGCCCGAACCGCGGGCGCCCUGGCAGUCGACCGUCUACAUCGCAUGAUCCUCAGAGAGUGCUGUCAACUUCUCCGAAGAAGGACCGGUCGGGAGAGGCGGGCGGAUCUACGUCCUUACACCCCGAGUUGAGGCGGCAAAUUGAAGAGCUCGGGAGAGGACUAGCGUCCGUCUCGGAGUUUGUACAGACCGAGAUGGCUAAGAAGGCGGAAGAGGAACGGGUCGCUAAGGAAGCCGAGGCCGAAGCACAGCGGAAGGCCGCCGAGAAGACUGAACGAGAGAAGAAAGAACGUAAGAGGCUGGGGAAACUAUGCAAGGACGAGGAGCGUGCAGUCGAGAUUGACAAGCAGGUGGAAAUACAAGUUGCAAUCAAGACAAGCGAAUUCUUCGAUCGUAUGGAAGCGAACUUGAUACCUGGUAUGUCAUUGGCCCGUAAAGCCAAAGGCAAGAAACAGGUAGUAUAUGUCUCCGAACAUGAGACGAAAUCGGAAGAGGAGGGCCGUGAGAGCACUACGAAGGAUAUUCGAACCAAAACUGGAAGAUUGACCAUCAAUGAAAAACGGAAGAGAGGUCCGGAGCCGAAAUUCGACGAUAGUCCUCCGAUGCUGACGCCGGUCAAACGCACACCAAGAUCGACGAAGACGAAGGCACCUGGGGCAUCAGUGCGUGUAACGCGAUCGAAGACCAAGGUGAAGACUAAACUUUCACCAUACGUGGACAAGUGUAAGCGGAGCCCUGGCCAACCAGGCACGGUGGCCAAGCUUCGAUUUCGGAACCAAGCUAUGGAAGAGCUCCGUGGACUCGAUGCGCAAGAACUGCAAGCGAUAUGCAAGGCAGAGAAUAUCGCCUACAACGGCAAGGUAGACGCGAUAUUCGACAUAGCGAGUCAUAGAACUCGUAAGGCGUUUGGAGAGGUCGAGCCCGUCGACCUGGCCGAGAUGUUCGGCCAAGAGGAUGAAGAUUCUACAACUGUGGAGGAUGAGGCGCACAAGACGGAAGUGUGAUGUGGAACUGACGAGAUUUGGCAUACAGUACGAAAGCUGACAAAGUAUC